CAACAACAACGACUGCAAGGGAGAGAGAGGAAAAACAAAGAAAACUGCGGGGAAACAGUGAAAUUCAGUCAAAACAAUUACCCAAAAGUGUGUUAAACAGUAUUGAUUGGUGCCAAACGACUCGCGGAUUCCUCUUCGCGCUCUGUUUCGAUUUAUUUCGGUGUGCAAUUCAUAUUUUAUACUUAGGUACAGUCUAGCAACGGUUCUACUAGGAGCCUCGUUCCAGAUUCGAUUUCAAGAUGAGAGAAGGGCAUUAUGUAAAAAUAUUUCCGCGAAUUAAUGGUGUGCCAGAACACUACACCGAUUAUGCUAAGAUUCAAGAAUCCACGGGUAGCAGGAUCAUCUCAUCAGUAAGCAUCAUCGAUAAGCCUUUGUUGUCCAACUGAAGAGCCCGCAAUCUGUAAAUGGAAGUGGAGCGCAAGUGACGAAUCUCGGAAGGCCAGACAGUGAAGUGUCUGUCUGUACUAGAAAAGAAAUAAAUAACUAAUCAAAUCUAAGCAAUUGAUUGAUCAAGAUGAGUGUGAUUAUUCGGUUACAAAACUUGCCGUGGACGGCAAAUGCGCGCGACAUUCGAAACUUCUUCACAGGCCUCUCAAUUCCCGAGGGCGGUGUCCACAUAAUCGGCGGCGAGAUGGGCGACGCUUUCAUCGCUUUCAGCACCGACGAGGAUGCCCGCUGCGCAAUGCUAAAGGAUCGCGAGAAACUGAUGGAGAUCCAGGUGCGCCUGCUGCUCUCCUCGCGGGCCGAGAUGCAAAAGGUUAUUGAGACUGCUCGGAAAGCAGCCUCCGCUCCAGCGCCUGUUUCGGUACCAGUUCCCAUGCCAGUUGUAGCCCCCAUUUCAGUGGCCAAGGCGGCUGGCCCAGCUGUGCCACUGCCCCCGGUUAUUGGGGGCUUGAGCAGCUUCUUGGGUCAAGGCAAGGGUGUCGCCACUGGUGCGGUGCCCUCUUUUCUCACCUACCAACAACAGGCGGGGAUCACGCUCUCUGAUGUCACAGGUCGCCGCAGUCGCAGCAGAUCCUCCAGUUCCGAUGAAAGCGAUAGGGAGCGCGAACGAGAGCGGGAUCGUGAACGGGAACGAGGUCGCAAACGUCGCUCCGACCGGUUGAAUAGCAGCCAGGAGAGGGAGCUGAAAAUGGUUGCCGGCGGAGUUGCAGCGCCAUCUCCUUGGGCGCAGCCACCGCAAAAUCAGUUGCCAGGUGCGGCGGGACUGGGUCUCAACAUGGGCUUGAGCCUGAAUAUGCCACAGCUUUUACCCGCGCUGCAGAACUACACCACCAAUACAACCACCAACAAUGUGACCAACAACUAUAAUCUCGCAACAAGUGCUCCGAGUGUGCAGUUACUGGCCGCUUUGCAACAGGUGGCCAGCGGUAGUGCGGCUCAAACGCAGCCUGCAAAAUCCGAUGCCGAGCCCAUUGCCUUUGCCAGCGUCAACCCCUAUGCACAGAUGUACCCGCAGCUAUUCCAGCAGCAGCAGUUGCUACUCCAGCAGCAACAGACACCGGCCAAGGUGUCGCCCACCAUGGGCAGCUCUCCGGGCGGAGGCAGCACUCCUCAGGUGGUGGCAGACACCUGCUACAUUAGGAUGAGCGGCAUGUGCCAGAACACCUCGUACAGCGAUAUCCGCAAGUACUUCCAGGGCCUGUAUAUUCCGCACAAUGGCAUCAAGAUCAUGAUGGUGAACGGCAGUCGUACGGGAGUGGCCUAUGUGGAAUUCUCUAGGGUGUCUAGUGCCCAAAAGGCAGUGCAGCGAAAUAACACAAUGUUCCGGGAUCGCUUGGUUCAGAUUGUUCCUGUGGGCGAUGAUGAGUUUGAGCUGGCGGAGGAGCGUGCUAAUCGCCAGCUGCAAGACGGUAGCAGGAAUCACAGCAAUCACAACGGUGGUGAGAGGAGUGAACGAGGCGGGGGCGGAGUUGUUCCCGCACCCAAACCCGUUACCAAUGUUCUCUAUGUAGAGGAUCUGCCACAGACCACCACUGAGCAGGAAAUCAUGAAGAUGUUCUCCGCCAGCUACACCGUUGUGGACAUCCUCUUGAGCCCUAGUCCCAACAAUCGACGCGAGUCCGUAGCAUUUGUCCUUUUUGCCAGAGAGGGCGAAGCGGACUCCGCUCUGCAGGAUACAUCCAAGCACUAUAUAGGAUUCCGCCAGCUGAGGGUGAGUCCCAGCAGUGAGGAGGAGAUGCAGAAUGCCAAGGAAAAGCAACGCAGAGCUAACGAGCAGCUUCUGAAGGAGGAAGCCGAUCAGCGGGAAGAGCUCCUAAAAGAUCAGCAACGACGACAGAAGCUGCAGCAACUGGAAAAUGAAAAGAACCAGGCCAACAGAUUCGCCGCCGAUCCAAGGAGACGCCAGGCGGAGGAUCAACAGCAACCACAGCAGCAGCAUCAUCAGCAGAUGAUGCAGAACAUGGGAUCCAAUUUUAAUCCCAACAUGAGUCCCAACAUGAUGGCUCCCUUUGUUAAUGGUGGCAACAUGCCCUUCCACAUGCCGCCUCACCAUCAAAACGAGGCCAACAACUUCCCCUUCAAUAUGAACAACAACUAUGACAUGGUUAACAACGGCAAUUCCAACGGGAACGGACCCAACUAUCCAAAUGAUAAUGGAGGCGCUGGUGGCAUCCAGCGUCCCCGGCAAGAGGAUGUGUUCGUUCGUGUCCACAACUGCGAGUACGCCACUAGAGUCAAUGAUCUGGGUGAACUAUUUUCUCUCGAGCAACUACGCAUCGAGCAUAUCGAACAGCUUUUCAAUGAACGUAACCAGAGUUCCGGCGAAUUCAUUGUGGAGUUCAGUGAUCCUGCCAGUUGCAAACAGGCCGUCAGGGAGUUCCACAACAGACGCUUUCGAGGAAGGGGACUGCGAGUGGUGGCCAUCACGCCCCAGGAGAUUGCUGAUAGAAUGAAUAAGCCCUUCAUGGAUUAUCUGCCGGGAGGAAAUGGUCCCAGAAAACCCGAAAGUAACAAUGUGAGUGACGGAGGCGGUGGAAAUGGAGGCAGUGGAAGAUCUGACGGAGGUCAGAAUGCGCAGUCAUCUCGUCGUCGAGGACCCAGCCGCUUUGAUAAGCCGCAGGAUCAGCAAUCGCAACAGCAUGACCGACCGCAAUCCCUGGAAAAGGAGGACAACAGCAACAGUAGCUCAAACGCACCCGUCAAGCAGCACUUCAACCCCUUCGCUCGACCAGAUCCUCCGCUGAGCAGCAGCUCUCUCUCGCCCGGCAAUCAAAAUCAAAUCAAGCCCACCUCUCCGGUGCCCAUUCCCACUUCCCUAAUCCCGGACAAGUUCAAUCGCCCGGGAUGCGUGGUUGCUAUGCGAAAUGUGCCAUUCAAAGCGGAGCUUAAGGAUAUCCUCCGCUUCUUUAGCGACUACAAGCUGAGUCCGGAUGACAUCAUACGGCGAUUCAAUGAUGAAGGAAAACCCACCGGCGAUACUCGGGUCGCUUUCGAGUCCCCUUCAGAGGCGAGAUCUGCCUUCGAAUCGCGCCGCAGGAAGCAGAUAUUCAACCGCACUGUUUACCUGGAUAUCAUUUAGGCUAUGAGCCCUUAACUAAUUGACCAUCGUUUGUGUAUAUUGUAAAUAGCUAAUAUUAGGACACACACCAAAAAUAUUACAUAGAUAGGACGGCCACAGUUCGGAUGAUCUCUGGCCUUUACUCAGCAUGUACAUAAACUUGUUCAAAUAAAUCGAAUAAUUCGUGUAA